AUGUUCAGGCAGCUCACAUUUAUUUGCACGCUCUUGGCUUUAAUUUUGACUCUAACAGCUUCAGUUUGUCCCCCUUUAUUUACCGAAGUGGGGAAAAAAUGUUACUAUGUGGGUGAAGAAAAGGUUAAUUGGCAUGUAGCUUCUCGCAAAUGUGGCCAACUCGGAGGCGAAUUGAUGGUUCUGGAUGACAAUGAGGAUCGCCUUUUGGCAACUAAUUUCCUCAAGAGUCAGGGAUAUUUUGCCAACGACACGUGGACGAGUGUAUUGUGGGUCGGUAUUGAUUGUCUAGGAAAUCGACGAAACUUUCUGAAAUCAAAAAAUGGUGAAGUUCCCUACCUGCCAUGGGUACCUUAUGAUCCAAAUAACUAUCACCCUGAGGAGGACUGUGUGGGUUUUGCCUACUUUCGUGAGUCCUACGGUUAUAUGGACUUCCAAUGCGAAUACAAGACUCCUUAUGUAUGUCAACAUCCAAAAAUUAAAGAAAGAUAUGUGUGCCUCAAAAAAGAACAAUUUCUGGAGGUGCUCCUUUGAAGA